AUGGAGUGGAGCCUGGAGCAGCAUCUGGACGAUACAAUGAAGAACCCAGCUGUGGUCGGGGUGCUAUGUACGGACCAACAAGGCCACAAUCUGGGCUGCCGUGGUUCCCUGACAGAUGAGCAUGGAGGGGUGGUGUCAGUUUUGGCCAAGCAGGCUUCAGCACUGACCCGAGACCCCACGGACACCCCCACAGUGUGCUUGGAGUCUGAGUCUGGAAACAUCCUGAUUCGGAGCCAUGGGACCAUCACAGUUGCAGUACAUAAGAUUGCGGAGGAUUUGGCCAUUGAGAAACUCAGGAGACAUUUGACUGAUGGGCAGAAUGCAACAGGGCUGUCAAGUGGAGAUAACAGCUCAGUGACGGUAAGCUGUAAAGCCUCCUCUGGAAAAGGUGUGAAGGAGUUUGAACGCAGCGGCGUCUAG